AUUCCGAGAGUACCUGUCCAACUUGUCUACCUGACAUCGACCACAAUAGUACCUCUAAUUCCAUCGCGCAUGUUUGACAGAAGUUGUUGACUUAUCCGAUCGAAAAUGAUGGAAAAAGGGUAAAUUUUACCAUUUUCCGAAUCGUAAGUGACGACCGACUGUAUUUUCGAUAAUGAUUGUCGAAAAUUCAAUGUUACGGUCUGAAAAUCGUGAAAACGCCUGUGAAAAUCCUCGUGAAGUCAGUCAGUGAAGCGUCGAAAAAGGAAAUCGGUCUUUCGGGAGUGAUUCUUGUUGGAGUAUUGUGAAAUAUUGUUGUUUUUGUUUAUUGUGAUAUUGUUCAUACUGCUCAGUUUUGGAAAAUGAAGAUUUUGCUACUUUCUCUAACCUGGAUUUUGACGCAUGUUGCAGUCCAAGGACAACACAGAGAGAACACACCACCAACUGUUUAUCUGGAAAGGAAUUGGAAGAUCUAUGACACUGAACCAGUUGGAACAAAAAUCGCUGAGGCACAUGGCAGCGACCUGGAUGGCGACACUCUGAGCUAUGGCCUCACACCGAUCGUUUAUAACGAAGACUUGCCAGUAAGGAACCUACCCUUCGUCAUCAACGAGACUACAGGAGUGGUGUAUCUCAACGAGAGUCUCAAGGGGAGGGCUGGCGAUGACAUUCAUCUAUGGGUAACAGUAUUCGAUGGAACGCUAGAAGCCAAAACAGAAGUAUACGUCAACAUCUUAAGCUCAUCAAAUCCUUCCAGAAAACGACCCUUCAACUUCGGUAGUGGAGGCAAUUCAAGAAUCCCAUCAUUCCCCUCCUUACCUAAUUUCCCUCCACGAUUUCAAGGGUCCAUCAUCAACCCUCCUCCAUCGAUAUCCAACAACCCUAGACCACUGCCCAAACAUCCCUACUUCCAAGAAACGACUUACACUCAACCCAAGCCAUCACUGAAAAGACCUGAAACUGCCACCAACGACAAUACCAAGACCUAUCUGAAGCCCAUCAUCACAACCACUAAGACUACCCUCAGCUCAACAACCACCACCAGCACCACCACUGAGCAUCCAACGGUGAUCAAGAAGAAAGUGGAACUGGAUGGUGUUGAACUCACUAACAGCAUCGAAGAAACCAAAGGGGCGGCUGUUAAAUCUGUGCCAGAUGUGAAAAUAAACGUUUUUCCUGUAUUGGCUGUCUGUGGAGUUUUCCUAGUUGUUGGAUUCACAGCGGUGAUUUUCCGUAGGCGACUGAAUCUUGGAAAAUCGGACGAUAAGAGUGACAUGAGGAAAGAUUCAUCUGGGGGUACAAUUGUCCUCCAAGAUGAUCCAGGACUGGCUAUGCAGAAUUGGAGAGGUCCUAGAGCCUUCAGCAAUAGAUACGAACCUUGGGAGAGGGAUCCUAAUCAUAACCAGACAUCCAAUCAGUUGAGUUCCCCGACCAAUAAGCUAGACAGAUGGGAGUUUCCCAGACACAGACUGAAAUUCUUCAAUAUUUUAGGAGAAGGAGCAUUUGGACAAGUAUGGAAAUGCGAAGCUAUCGAUUUGGAUGAUAAAGAAAAGGUGUCCAUAGUCGCCGUAAAGACACUCAAAGAAAACGCCAACGAGAAGGAAAGAUCCGACCUUGCUUCCGAGCUCCAAGUGAUGAAGAUGCUGGAACCGCAUCCCAACGUUAUCAGACUGCUCGGAUGCUGUACGGACAAAGAGCCCAUUCUGCUCAUUAUGGAGUACGUCAGCAGGGGAAAGCUGCAGAGCUAUCUGAGGAACUCCAGGGCGGAGAGAUAUUAUAAUAACAUGCACGGUCAGAGUAAAUCGUUGACUUCGAGGGAUCUAACAUCGUUUGUGUAUCAGGUUGCGAAAGGAAUGGAUUAUCUUUCUGGUAAUGGGAUAAUCCACAGAGAUCUGGCGGCCAGGAACGUCCUAAUCACGGAGGACCAGGUCUGCAAAGUGGCCGACUUCGGAUUCGCCAGGGACGUGAUAGCCUCCCACAUCUAUGAGAGGAAGAGCGAGGGCAGGCUGCCGAUUCGAUGGAUGGCUCCGGAAUCGCUGUACGACAAUAUAUUCUCCGUUAAAUCCGACGUGUGGAGCUUCGGAAUAUUGAUGUGGGAAGUUGUGACAUUGGGCAGUACGCCCUAUCCCGGUAUGAGCGCUGCUGAAGUUAUGAAAAAGGUGAAAGAUGGAUAUCGUCUAGACAAACCAGACCACUGCAGAAGAGAACUGUACAACAUCAUGUAUUAUUGUUGGGACAAAGACCCUAAGCAGAGACCGUCUUUCAGCGAGUGCAUAGGAUUGUUGGAAAAGCUCUUGAUGACAGAAACAGACUACAUCGAACUGGAGAGAUUUCCUGACCACUCUUACUACAAUAUGGUCAGCUUGAGCGGUGAAAAAUUGUGAACAUUUUCUAUUUUCUCCUUGGGAGAAAAAGGCCACUGGUAGUUUUUAAUUCGAGUGUUUGUGUUCAGAAAUUUUUGAGGAGAUAGAACUCUAACGAACGACUGAGAAAAUUUCAAUAAACUAUAUAUUUGUUUGCUCACAUUUAACGAUAUCCAACACUAAUCGAAUGAUGAAUCUCGAUAAGUUCUUAUAAACAACGGAAUCAGUUAGGAUAUCUCGUUUUUAAUAUUAUGUAUAUGUGAUUUGGAAUGAUUAAUGAUUAAUUUGUGAAAGAUGUAAUAUGAAGAGAAAAGAUAACGAUACCAAAAAAUUUUAUUGGUUAUUAAUGUAAAUAGUUUGUCUGAUUUAUAUUGUUAAUAUAUUUAUAGAAUAAAACUCAUCAAUGAAUA